AUGGUGGUGAUGGAGGUGUGGGUGGGGAAGAAAGGCGGGAGGGGCGGUGCAACUAGUGGAUUGUGGUGCCUCACUUGGUGGAUUCGGGUAUUUGGGUAUUCAUCACAGAUCGCCUUCAUCAAGGCUUGGAUCACAGGUCUGGAGGUGGGUUCUGUGACGUGUUCGACUUCAACGGAGGUGGGUUUUCUGAGGUUUUCCAGAGGUGGAUUCUGUUUUUGCGGCUCCUGA